CCUCCUCGUCGUGGUGAUGGUGGUGCGGGUGCUUUGAUCCUGUGCCCCCGCUAGACCCCGUUUCUUCUUCUUCUUCUUCCUCCCUUGCGCUUCCCUCGCACAGCUUAUUCUUCCCUUCCCGCCGUGAUUGUGUCUCCGAUUAAAGCUGUCUUGCUUGCAAGAUACCCUUUCCCCCCUUAUUGGCCUUUUCUACAUUUUCCUGGAUUCCUCGCUGUGUUCACGCUGCUCAGUUUGUCCCCCUUGUAGUUAUGCCUGUUCGCGUGCUUUGGACGGUGUUGCGGUGAAUAGGGAUUUGAAUAUGUGAUGCGGGAGUUUCUGAGUCGAUUCUGCUGUGUUCUGGCGAUUUCCACAGUGGGCAGUGGUGGGUGAGUGCGUUUGUGAAGCUUGCAACAGAAGGUGAUGAGCCUAUGGAGAAGCGGAGCAGAGGAGUGUGUGUUUAGAGAGUGAAUGUUGUUGGUUCGGGUUGUUGGUGGUGUUGGUUAUAUUUUGGGUUUGUUUUGUGUGGUCGCUUUCUUAUGUGGUGUAAGAGAAUCUCGAGGGUAGAAGGCAUAGAGGUGGAGACUCGCAGGGCUAUAGGUGCCAGCCUUAGCCAGAGCAGAGAAGGCGAGCGGCUUAUGCAACUACAGUGGAGGAGGGGGAGCGGUUUGGAGAGCGGAGGACGAAGAAUCCUAAGAAGGAAACCCCAACUACAUGUCGAUUGUUGCAAACGGAGGUUCCCUCCGCAUCCGGGAGGUAUGGGCCGAUAACCUGGAGGACGAGUUUGAGCUGAUACGAGACAUUGUUGAUGAGUAUCCUUACGUUGCGAUGGACACGGAGUUUCCCGGAGUGGUGGUGAGACCCGUCGGCACGUUUAAGAACAGUGCAGAGUAUCAUUAUCAAACUCUUAGGGCGAAUGUGGACAUGCUCAAACUUAUUCAGUUGGGGCUCACGUUUUCAGACGAAAACGGGGUCCUACCGCGGUGUGGUUCUCGGGAUUCGUGCGUGUGGCAAUUCAAUUUCCGGGAGUUUAACCUCAGAGAAGAUGUGUAUGCACAUGACUCAAUUGAGCUGCUGAAACAGAGCGGAAUUGAUUUCCAGCAAAACGAGGAGCGAGGGAUUGAUUCACAAAGAUUCGGCGAGCUUUUGAUGUCUUCAGGAAUUGUGUUGAAUGAAAAUGUGCAUUGGAUCACUUUCCAUAGCGGAUACGAUUUUGGCUACUUGUUGAAGCUACUUACUUGCCAGAAUCUUCCGACAAGUGAGGAUGAAUUCUUUAACUUGCUGCGGACGUAUUUUCCCACCCUGUAUGAUAUCAAGUACCUGAUGAAGUUUUGCGACAAUUUGCAUGGCGGUUUGAAUCGCCUGGCUGAGACAUUGGACGUGGAGCGGAUUGGUCCUUGCCAUCAGGCCGGGUCUGAUAGUUUGCUCACUUCUCGCACUUUUCGCAAGUUGAAGGAUGGUUUCUUUAAUGGUUCCACAGAAAAAUAUGCUGGUGUUUUGUUCGGUUUGGGUUCAGACAACCUCGACUCUUGAGUUUGCAAUUCAGCUUUCCGCUGCCAUUUGUGGCUCAUGCAAUCACUGCUCAAGGACAAAGUCCGUCAUUUAAACUUUGCAGCCCCUUACGUUACUCUUACACAUGGCUCGUGACUAUAUACAUGUGAUGCUUAUGUUAUUUGUGUACAUCUUUUAACCUCCUAGUGCAUAUUUCAGUGGCUCGUGUGGAAUUUCUUAGGAUGAGCUUGGUAGUGACUGCUACGUUUCUGCAGUAAUUGAAUUCCUCAACGCACUCGAGCUUCUCGGAUUACUUAGGUUCUUGGAAUUGGAGGCUCCGUUUAAACAACGGAAAUCCAUUCGUAGAGCAUGUAUAAACCUAACACCACGUCAGUUUGACUUUGUUAACCUAAACUGCCCUACCAGUUUUUGGGAUUCAAA